AUCUCCUUGUCUUUUUCACUUCGUCAUCUAUUGUUCAACGUAAAAAUAACGAAAGAGGUUACGCCGUGACGUGACAUUGAGCGUUUCGUAGGGUUUUGCUCCAGCUGAUCCCGUUACAUUUGGAAAGAUGGCCGUUAAAAGUCCUGUUUUUAGGGGCUGAACUUAUUUCUCUUCAGCUAAAGAAAAAAAAAUACGUUGUAAGCAAACCGUGGAGAGACAAAGGCGUUGAAAAGAAACGGGAGAAGUAUGCCUAGAUUGUCAUAACCUUUUUAAAAAUGGCCAUACGGGAAUUAAAAGUGUGUCUUCUAGGAGAUACAGGAGUGGGCAAGUCUAGUAUUGUAUGUCGUUUUGUACAGGACCAUUUUGACCACAACGUUAGUCCAACGAUAGGGGCAUCGUUUUUAACCAAGACGGUGCCGUGUGGACAUGAACUACACAAGUUCCUCAUCUGGGACACAGCAGGACAGGAAAGGUUCCACUCGUUGGCUCCCAUGUACUACCGAGGCUCUGCCGCCGCUGUCAUAGUCUAUGACAUCACCAAACUGGACUCUUUCCAGACACUGAAGAAAUGGGUGAAGGAGCUGAAGGAGCACGGUCCUGAGGACAUCAUUGUUGCCUUGGCAGGGAACAAGAAGGAUUUGGGUGACAUCAGGGAAGUUCCUAUGAAGGAAGCUAAGGACUUUGCUGAGUCCAUCGCAGCUAUCUUCAUGGAGACCAGCGCCAGAAACGCUGUCAAUGUGGAGGAGCUCUUUCAGAAGAUCAGUAAACAGAUUCCACCUCUGGAGAAUCCAGACGUUGACGGCAACGAGCCCUUCAAGAUAACCCGGCAGUCUCCUCCGUCUAACAAACUCUGCUGCUAGUAAGACUACUGCUGAGUCCCAAAUAGACACAGAGCACCCUACCACGCCUAGACCAUAGCACCCUACCCCCCCCCCACAUUUCCUCUUAGGGAACAAGGAGUUUAGGGAACAAGGAGUUUAGGGAACAAGGAGUUUAGGGAACAAGGAGUUUAGGGAACAAUGAGUCGGUUCAGAAUUCUGCAUCAGAUUUGCCAGUGAGAUUAUCACUGGCCUUGGUUCCACACAUACACAGCUGCAUGGAUCACAGGGUCCACAAUGCAACAUUGUAAUACACUGCUGUGUGGCUCAACUACUCACAGUCCACCUCCACACAGUCCACCAUGCAUGUACGGUACAUUGGUCUCAGGGGAGAGGAGGACGACAACAUGGCUUUGGCUUGUGAUAGAUCAGACCCUCUCACCUGUAGCAUAGUAACCAGCGUGUCCAGGUGCAGAAACCACCCCUAUAACCCAGAUAAGGAUACAGUAACCCAUAGAAAGAUACAAUAACCCAUAGACAGAUACAGUAAGCCAUAGAAAGAUACAGUAAGCAAUAGAAAGAUACAAUAACCCAUAGAAAGAUACAGUAAGCCAUAGAAAGAUACAGUAAGCCAUAGAAAGAUACAAUAAGCCAUAGAAAGAUACAGUAAGCCAUAUAAGGAUACAGUAACCCAUAGAAAGAUACAGUAAGCCAUAGAAAGAUACAGUAACCCAUAUAACGAUACAGUAACCCACAGAAAGAUGCAGUAACCCAUAGAAAGAUACAGUAAGCCAUAGAAAGAUACAGUAACCCAUAUAAGGAUACAGUAACCCACAGAAAGAUACAGUAACCCAUAGAAAGAUACAGUAACCCAUAGAAAGAUAUAUAAAGAUACAGUAACCCACAGAAAGAUACAGUAACCCAUAUAAGGAUACAGUAACCCAUAGAAAGAUACAGUAAGCCAUAGAAAGAUACAGUAAACCAUAGAAAGAUACAGUAGGUAGACAUUUCGCCAUAUUUCUUAUACGUCCUCUCAGAUUGACUCCAGUGCCUUGGUAAGGUGUGUUGUAAGUGUCAUUUCUGGACUGGGCCUGUGUGUGCUGACUCAGGAGGGGAAACCAGUUUGUCGCCCUCUAGUGUUUUUGGUUAGAGAUUAACAUCAGAAAAUGGAUCCUGAAGUUACACACAAUUUAAAGGAGAACUGCACUUCCUGAUUUGGCCACGUUUUUCAUCAAUUCUCAUUAAGAAAUGCUAACGGCCAUGACUGAAGGUAAACAAACUGUUGUCACAAAGUUGGAAGCACAGAAUCGUCUAGAAUUGAAUUGUAUGCUGUAGCGUUAUGAUUUCCCUUCACUGGAACUAAGGGGCCUAGCCCGAACCAUGAAAAACAUCCCCAGACCAUUAUUCCUCCUCCACCAAACUUUACAGUUGUCACUUUGCAUUGGGGCAGGUAGAGUUCUGGCGUCUGCCAAACCCAGAUUUGUUCAUCGGAUUGGCAAAUGGUGAAGCGUGAUUCAUCACUCCAGAGAACACCUUUCCACUGCUCCAGAGUCCAAUGGCGGCGAGCUUUACACCACUCCAGCCGACGCUUGGCAUUGCGCAUGGUGAUCAUAGGUUUCUGUGCAGCUGCUCAGUCAUGUAAACCCAUUUCAUGAAGCUCCUGACAAACAGUUAUUGUGCUGACGUUGCUUCCAGAGGCAGUUUGGAACUUGGUAGUGAGUGUUGUAACCGAGGACAAACUAUUUUUAUGCACUUCAGUAGUCGGCGGUUCCGUUCUGUGAGCUUGUGUGGCCUACCACUUUGCGGCUGAGCCGUUGUUACUCCUAGACAUUUCCACUUCACAAUAACAACACUUACAGUUGCCUGGGACAGAAAUUUGAUAAACUGACUUGUUGGUAAGGUGUUGUCCUAUGAUGUGCCAGGUGGGCAGGGUUUGCACAUUUUAGACUAUUCCAUUGGUCCUCCUUAAAGAGAGAUCUCCGUCAUAGCGAAUACGCCCAGUCUUUUCCCAGAAAACAUGGUGCCACCAUGUGUUAAAAGGCAAAAGGGGGCAUGAAUUGUUGACAUGAUUGUAAUCCCAAACCCUCAAGUAAGUCAUGACUCAGUCAUUUACCGAACUCUUGUUUUGACCGAGACUGACUUUAUGACCAAAAAUUAUCAAAUUUUUUAACUUUCUAGUCAAUUUUGCCAUUUAGAAAUGAAAGAUUCUGACUCAUAGUGAUGUCACAAAGGCUGUUUUAAAAAUGGAGGAGUUUAUUCUAAGGGGCAGUCGACCUUUAAAAAACAAUAGACAGAGACUUUUAUACGCAUACUGGGAUAUGUUUUUAUUUCAUAGUUAGCAGCACAAUAAAAAAAAAAAAAUAAACAUUUAAUCUUGAAAAUCGAAACAUGUUAGAUCUCAUCUCUAACGCGCUGAACAUGAACAUUUGGAUAAAUUGCACAAAUAAUAAAUAAUCUAGUUGAGUUUAAUGACGUUUAAUAAAAUGACAAAAAUAUUCAUGCAGACUAGAGAUUACGUUCUGAAUUCUUAUACGAUAUAUAGAGAUUACAAUCCAAAUUCUCAUUCCAGAAUAUGCAGUCAACAGUUGAGCAGAUCUAGUGAUUGCAUUGUUGCCUUGUGACUCCAGUAUUGCUUAGAUCGAUAGAUAGAAUCCCUUUGUAGCUGACGAUAUUGAUAUUGAUUUCAUGAAUUUGGUCUCGCCAACCGUUGUCUUUUUCCCCAUUGAAAUGCUGGUAUAGAAUAUGUAUUUUGAGAAUGUAUAAGGUGUUCAAAAUGUAUAUUUGAAGGACGAAGUAGCAUGCAUUCGAAUACCUGAGUUGCCAUGUGUUGUUUGUUUUUUGCUAUGUUGUAACGAACAUCCAUAUGUUGUUAUUAUUAUGUAAUAUUGACCAACUACUGAAAAGGGGCCACUAUCACAAUAAAUACAACUAUUGACAAUUAUAAGGCCAGAUGAGCAGAUUGAUUGAUCGGUGGACUAACUACUGUAUCUGUGAGGUAAUAUAGCCUCUUCGAUUCAACCACUCGGGUGUGGAUUUUAAAUAGUCUUUUUUUUUUUAUUAUUGGGAUUUUAAAGUGGAACUUUUAUGUAGCUAGUUCCUGUACUUUCUCAGGAAAAACAAUGACACAGUAUUAAUGACUACAUUUAAUGACUACAUUCCCAAUGUGGUGUUGGUAAUAGCUGAAUUGCCGUAAAGUAGACCGAGUUAAAAGGAUGUGUAGAACUGUACAACAUGUGUACCUUUUUGUAAGUAUAAAGCUGAGUUUACAGCAACAGUCCUUGCGGAUCUAACAGUGUCAUAUGUUUGGAUUAAAAAAAAAUAAAAAAUACUUUGUGGGAAGAUACUGUAGAGGAGACAGAAAAGAUUGUCCAUGUUUUUUUUCUUCUGUUUGACAUUCGUCUGUGUACAGUUAUACACACACACACACACACACACACACACACACACACCAGAGGUGUUAGCUCACAAUACUGAGAUGUAGUAUUCUGUACAAACUUGACAAAUAUCAAAUGUCUUCCCAGCCUGAGUUUGCCUUUAACCAUUUAUACAUACAGUCCAUUCUGCAAUGCAAACAAUUGCCUUUGUCUUCCCUCUGUAGACAAAAUCUAAUAUGACAUUUAUUAUUAUUAUUAUUAUUAUUAUUAAUAGUUUAAAUUGUUACUUUUUUGUGUACUUGACUCAAGUUAUUUACUUUUCUAUAUAUAACACAAUAACAUUUUAUGUAUUAAUCUGUCUGAUAAUAAAGUGGUAUUAUUUGUA